AUGCCUCCUCGUUCGAAGACUGGUGGCAACAACCGUGACGAUUGGACAGAGCUUCGAUCCGCACUUCUGGCCAUGCAGGAGAACAUCCAAAUGACCAUCUCCAAUUCGAUCCAGGAGCUGACUGAGGCGAUUGUCAACCGUAGGGAUCGUCAGGAGAGAGAGUCGGAGGAAGAGGAAGAGGAGGAAGUGAACCACAACCCAUUUGCUCGUCGUUAUCAUGAUGAUCGAAGCGAGCAUGACCAGGAGAAAGUAGAUCGGCGUUGGGAAGCGGGAUUCAAAGUCGAUUUACCGGAGUAUCAUGGAAGUUUGAAGGCCGAUGAGUUGUUGGAUUGGAUUGUUGCGGUGAAUGAGACUCUGGAAUUCAAGGAGGUACCUGAGGAGAGACGAGUGGCCUUGGUUGCAACCAAAUUUCGUGGCAAGGCAGCAGCUUGGUGGAUGCAUUUGAAGAACUCUCGGAUUCGUAGUGGGAAAAGUAAGAUCCGAUCGUGGGAGAAGCUCCAAAAGCAUCUUCGCCAAACGUUUUUGCCUUUCAACUACGACCGUAUGAUGUACACAAGGUUGCAGAAUCUGCGUCAAGGGUCGCGCUCAGUGGAGGAUUAUGCAGAGGAGUUCUCGUUGUUGCUAACCCGCAAUGAGAUCAAUGACAGCGAAACCCAGCUUGUAUCCCGGUUUAUUGGUGGUCUCCGACCACAAAUUCAAUCGGCUUUAUCGCAGUUUGAUCCAUUAACGGUGCCGGAAGCGCACAGGCGUGCAACGGCGUUCGAGAGUCAAUUUCGUUCGUCAGCAAGCUGGAGCGGAGGAUCGUUGCGAAGCAGGAGUGUGGCUCAGGGGACUGUCGAAACUCCACAUUCGGGAGCUCCGAAGGAAAGUGUCGAUCUCACUACGUCGCGGCUCCAACCGCGGCACAUUCAAACAGCUUGUCCAAACAAGUCGAGGAGGGGAUUGUUGGCGGACAAGAGUCAUUGGGAAUCCAAUGCACUGUUUGAUGAUGACGAGUUGGAGGAGGAAGACGAGAUACAGGUGGACCAAUUGGAGGGUGACAAAGGAAGACUUUUGGUAGCUCGCCGUGUUUGCUUGGCUCCGACCAAAACAGAGGAACCGUGGCUCAAGUCAAAUCUGUUUCAGUCGACCUGUACAAUCAAUGGGAAGAUUUGUCGAUUUGUCAUUGAUUCAGGGAGCUCUAACAAUGUCAUCUCCGAGGAAGCAAUGCGUAAGUUGGGCUUGAAGCGUGAAGACCAUCCCACUCCUUACAAUUUGCAGUGGAUCAAGGAGGAGAUUGACAUGCGAAUCAAACACAGAGCGUUAGUCAAUUUCUCCAUUAGGAAUCAUUACAAGGACCGCGUGUACUGUGAUGUAGCUCCAAUGGAUGUGGGACACCUUAUUUUGGGUCGACCUUGGCAGUAUGAUAGAGAGACGGUGCACGAUGGGAGGAGAAACACUUACAGUUUCCUGUUUGAAAACAGGAAAAUUGUCCUGAUACCAUCACCACCGGAGGCUUUGACGACAACACUGCCAACGAGAGACAAAGUUUGUGCAGCUGCAGAGAAGAAAGCGGCACAACGUUCAACCUUGUUCUGUUCUCGUUCUGUCUUCGAGUCAGAAUUUUGUGAAGAGGGAGUGGUGUGGGCCUUGAUUGCAACAACGCCAACAACUAGCGACACGACAGAAGCUCCACCUCGCCUUGCGAUGCUAUUGGAGGAGUUUUCUGACGUCUUUCCGGCAGAGCUACCACAAAGCCUCCUGCCGCUGCGUGAUAUACAACACCAAAUCGACUUGGUGCCUGGAGCGUCACUACCAAACCGGCCUCAUUAUCGGAUGAGCCCGAAGGAGCACGAGGAACUGCGACGUCAAGUGGAGGAGUUGGUGUCGAAGGGACAUGUCCGCGAGAGUCUCAGUCCAUGCGCAGUACCAGCAUUGCUCAUACCGAAGAAGGAUGGUUCCUGGAGAAUGUGCAUCGACAGCAGGGCCAUAAACAAAAUCACGGUACGAUACAGAUUUCCUAUACCGCGUCUUGAUGAUUUGCUUGAUCAAAUUGGAACAGCGAAGGUGUUUUCCAAGCUCGAUCUCAAAAGCGGAUACCACCAAAUUCGUAUCAAACCUAGAGAUGAGUGGAAAACGGCGUUCAAGACGAGGGAAGGUCUUUUUGAGUGGUUGGUGAUGCCAUUUGGGCUUUCGAAUGCACCAAGUACCUUCAUGAGAGUGAUGAAUCAGGCGUUGAGGCCUUACAUUGGAAAGUUUCUGGUGGUAUAUUUUGACGAUAUCUUGGUCUUUAGCAGCAACACAGAGGAGCAUAUUGAUCACUUGCGCCUUAUCUUGCUUGUGCUCAGGCGAGAAACGUUAUUUGUUGCUCGGCAAAAGUGUGAUUUUGCUACGGACCGUGUUCUGUUUUUGGGCUAUGUUGUUUCUAGCAAGGGACUAUCUAUGGAUGAAUCAAAAGUAGAUGCAGUGCGUUCUUGGCCGACUCCUCAUACAGUCUCAGACGUUCGUAGCUUUCAUGGAUUGGCGUCUUUCUACAGACGAUUUGUUCCGAAUUUUAGUGCUAUCAUGGCUCCUUUGACUGACUGCAUGAAAGAAGGGAAACUGCAGUGGACAGAGGAAGCAGCUGCAGCGUUUGAGGUAAUCAAACAUAAACUCACUACGGCUCCCAUUCUUGUUCUGCCUGAUUUUGAAGUCCCGUUUGAGCUACACUGUGAUGCAUCAAAAUUGGGAUUUGGAGCUGUUUUGAGCCAACAGUCAAAGCCAGUCACGUUUUACAGUGAAAAGCUAGCUGGUGCAAGGAGUAGGUACAGUACAUAUGACAUAGAGUUCUAUGCGAUUGUACAAGCGAUUAAGCACUGGAAGCACUACUUGUUUCAGAGGGAGUUUAUUCUGUUCACAGACCAUGAUGCUUUAAAACACUUGGAUAGUCAGGCAAAAGUCUCUUCUCGUCACGCCUCAUGGAUCGCGUUUUUGCAGCAAUUUACGUUUGCAAUCCGCCAUAAGUCCGGGAAGUUGAACAGAGUCGCUGAUGCAUUGAGCCGGAGGCAUUGUUUGGUGUCUACUAUGCAUACAUCCGUUUCAGGUUUUGCCUCGUUCUCUGAUCUAUAUGAGUCUGAUUCUUUCUUUGGUCCAGUGCUGAGAGACAUUAAAGACGGUCACCCAUCUGCGUUCACCUUGCAUGAGGGAUUCCUCUUUAAAGGGGUCAGGCUUUGUGUUCCAACUUGUAGCCUGCGGUUGAAGAUUAUUGAGGAGCUACACCGAGAAGGUCAUGUAGGUCGAGAUAGAAGUCUCCACCUUGUUGCUGCGUCGUAUUUUUGGCCAACGCUGCGAAGAGAUGUUGAGAGAUUCGUGGAGCGUUGUCGCGCUUGUCAACAGGCAAAGGGUCAAGCAACUAACGCAGGUCUAUACCUUCCCCUACCUGUACCAACACAGCCAUGGACUGAUGUGAGCAUGGAUUUCGUUUUGGGCCUUCCUCGGACUCAAAAAGGAAACGAUUCGAUUUUCGUGGUGGUGGACAGAUUCUCGAAGAUGUCACACUUUAUUCCUUGCAAACGCACGACUGAUGCAGUGUUAGUGGCGUAG